AUGCCUCUGCUGCUGGCCGACCAAGGUGUAAAUAACCUUACGAAAGUAGGCGCAAGGCAGGGCGUCUCUUCAUCUCCUGCUUCGCUGCACUGCGCUGCGCAGGCGGGCCCGGACUCUUCACGCAUGGCGCCCGCCUGCCCGCCUGCCCCCCUUCUCCGCUCCAGCAGGCGUUUCAACGUGCCGUCUCCGGCUCGGCUCCCAUGCCCCCAUGGCCACCAUGCCCGUCAGUCACCUCGCCUCACUGAUCAGGCAGGGCAGUGCAGGUCAAGGCUCGACACCAGCCUCCUGCGACCGAGUCGGGGACGUGGUUCCGGGGGUCCGUGGCAGCAGCACGAGCAGGAACAGCGCAUCAUCCACCCGCGCGUGCACCCACCACCCGCGCACAAGCUUUGUCCGCCACGCCUCUCCGUUGGCUGGAUGCCCGUCCGUGGAUCCAUCUCUUCCCUGACCCGCAGCUCCGGCAAGCAAAUGGCAGCGCGAGGCCCUUCUCCGCAGGCCGGCCUGGGUUGGAGCAGCGUCGCUAGCCCGCCUUGGGGGCGCAUUCCUGGUCCCUCACCUCACCUCACCUCACCGCAAGGCGCCCAUUGUCGCAUCCGGGCUGCUGCUGCGCGCCUGCUCCCGCUCGCCCAGCCUGUCUUGCGAGAGCGAGCGCGCGCCCCUGGGCGCAUCGCAGAUGGCGUCGCGAACAGGAGUCGAGUGGUUCACCCUCGUUCAUGCCCAGAGACGGGCGAGCGCACGACCUCGUCUGGAUCUCGGAGCGCUGCGGGCCAAUGGUGUCCACGUCGGCCGUCCCAGAGCCGCCCGUUUUCUCCUGCAAAGGCAGGGGUCACAAAUGCGACGAGCAGAGAGAGAGAGAGAAGGUGUGUGCCAGCCUGUCUGCCAGCCAGCGUGUGUGUGUGUGCGCAUUCUGCGUGUGCGCGCGCUUGUGCGUCCGACUGGCGGGGAUUCCGAACCGUCGUCUGCGCUCGCUCUCUGACUCUCUCUCACUCUGCCGAGCAUGAGAGAAGGAAGCAGGUGAGGCAUGAGGAUCGGAUGCCGCCUCGGCCGGCGCAAGACAAGCAACGAGCCCAGUUGAGACAUGGUCAGCUCGGCUCCAGUGACUCAGUUAGUUGGCGAUGCGACUGGGCGCAAACCACCGCAGAACCGCUCGUCAUGGGGCGGGCGCACGCUUUUGCCUCGUCGUCACGCACCCGUUCUCUGGCUGGCCCGAGCGGCGUCGCGAAUCCCACCUACCUACCUGCAUGGACCCGUUAUUGCCCCCUCGUAGGCUCCGUAGACGCCAACUCGUCGUUCCUGGGGUUGGCCGCGCUCACGCUCUCGACCGACUGGCCUGGCGCAGGGCUCUGGCUGGCUCUGUCGUCGCGUCUCCAUCAUGGCAAACUCAUUCUGUCCUGCCUUUCCGGCCGGCGCUCGUAUACCAGAUAUUAG